AUGACAAGACCUCGUGCUGCCUCGCUGAGCGCUCGAACUCAGAUUCCGCCUCUUAAAACCCUCGCCACUCGAACACCCACCGAAGUCGCGCUAGACCUCCACACCAGCCUCUCUCACGGCAUCCUCUCAACAGCUGAAGUACACCUUCGCCAAUCCAUUCAUGGUCUCAAUGAACUACCACAAUCUGAGCCAGAGCCAGUAUGGCUCAAAUUUGCCAAACAAUUCGUCGAGUCGAGACUGAUUCUUUUAUUACUGGCUUCCGCUGCGAUAUCUUUCUUCAUGCACAAUUACGAUGACGGGGUAUCAAUCACAAUAGCGGUAAUAAUCGUUGUUACUGUGGGGUUCGUGCAAGAGUAUAGAUCUGAAAAGGAGCUGGAGGCUUUGAACAAGCUGGUUCCGCACCACGCGCAUCUCAUCCGAGGGAAUGCACCAGGUAGCAGAAGCUUAAGUGCUGAAGAUGAGGCAAAACUGUUAGGGCUCCCACCAACUUCAACAACUGUUAGUGCAAGCUUGUUAGUUCCUGGAGAUCUUGUCACUUUUACUACAGGAGACAGAAUACCGGCCGACAUUCGAAUUACGCAAGCGGCAGACCUGGAAAUCGAUCAGAGCAAUCUCACAGGAGAGACAGAGCCCGUUAGGAAGCAGAGCGACCCGGUUGAGAUUACUGGAGCGGAUGAAACCCCAUUUUACCCCACAACAAGAUCAGAUCCCUCUAUUGCAGAAAUGCACAGCAUAGCUUUCCAGGGAACGCUUGUUAGGAAUGGUCAUGGGCAAGGCAUUGUGGUCUCUAUAGGGUCUCAAACCGAGUUUGGAAAGAUCAACGCCAUGCUAUCGGAGAUUGAGAGUCCUAGGACACCCCUCCAGGUUUCUAUGGAUAAGCUUGGACAUGACUUAUCCAUGGCUAGCUUCGGAAUCAUCGGGCUGAUCGUGUUUUUCGGGUUCUUGCAAGGGCGGGAAUGGCUGGAACUGUUCCAAGUGGCGGUUAGUUUGGCUGUGGCAGCAAUUCCUGAAGGUUUGCCGAUUAUUGUUACCGUUACUCUGGCACUAGGGGUCAUCAGGAUGGUCAACCGAGGAGCAAUCGUUCGAAAGAUGCCAUCUGUCGAGACGUUAGGCUGCGUGAACGUCGUCUGUAGUGACAAAACCGGAACUCUGACGAUGAACCAUAUGACAGUUACAAUGCUUUGGACAUGCGAUCUUCCCGAACCAGUUUCUAAGACAUCAUUGCAAUCCUCGACCUCCACACUCGACGCGCCAACGCGAACUCUUCUACGAAUUGGAAAUCUGUGUAACAAUGGUCGUCUCGCGGCUCAUCAUACUGCCGAAGCUAUUUCCGCCUUUUCAGCCCACUCACCGCAUACCACACAGUCUCGAUUUGUUGGACAACCCACGGAUGUCGCACUGUUAGAUCUCUUGGAUGCAUUUGGUGAAGAAGAUCUUCGACCUCGUGUUUUACGUUCUGCCGAGGUGCCGUUUUCGUCUAGAGAAAAGUGGAUGGGCGUCGUCAUCGAUGGCGCUGGCUCUUCACAAGAUACUGCAUACAUCAAGGGAGCUCUCGAAAAGAUUCUUGCGCGCUGCGAUACCUACCUUACUCGUGACGGACGACCGGUAGUUCUAGACGAAGCUCGAAGGAACAAAGCCCUAUUCGCCGCUGAAAAAAUGGCAGAGGAAGGACUACGAGUAUUGGCCUUUGCUAGUGGAUCCGUAUCGAAAUUUGAAAAGAAACCAGCUGGCUCUGAUAUCAAGGAUGUUUUUAAAGACCUUACUUUCGCGGGUAUUGUUGGAAUGUUCGAUCCACCCCGAAAGGGUGUGGAUAGAGCUAUCCGGCGUUUGAUGCUUGGUGGUGUUAAAGUUAUCAUGAUCACUGGUGACGCGGAAACAACCGCGGUUAGUAUUGCGAAGAAACUUGGAAUGCAAGUACUACCACCUUCUCCGAUUGAAGGUAGAGUUAGCCCAUCUGUAGGAGCCAAUGGGAAAGCAAUUAUCGGUCACCAUUCAAGAUCCGUGAUCCGAGGAGAUGAACUCGACCAGAUGACGGAUGAAGAACUAGCACAAGCGAUACAAACAACCACCAUAUUUGCACGGACGUCGCCGGAGCACAAACUCAAGAUUAUCAAAGCGCUGCAAGCUCCUCCUAAUGAAGCUGUCGUCGCAAUGACUGGCGAUGGCGUCAACGAUGCACCCGCUCUUAAAAUGGCAGAUAUUGGUAUCAGUAUGGGUAUUAUGGGAACCGAUGUAGCCAAAGAAGCAGCCGAUAUGAUUCUUAGCGACGAUAAUUUCUCGACUAUUUUGCGAGCAAUUGAAGAGGGCAAAGGAAUUUAUUACAAUAUCCAAAAUUUCUUGACGUUUCAGUUGAGUACAAGCGUUGCUGCUUUGGGAUUGGUACUGUUGAGUACUUUGCUCGGAAAAGAAAAUCCGCUGAACCCAAUGCAGAUUCUUUGGAUUAAUAUUUUGAUGGAUGGCCCUCCAGCACAGUCACUUGGUGUUGAGCCCGUCGAUAAGGGUGUUAUGGCCGCUAAGCCGCGAUCAAGACAUGACCGAAUCCUAACGACCACGCUCCUCCAACGAGUCUUUACAUCUGCUUUUCUAAUUCUAUCUGGAACAAUGCUUAUCUACAUCCGAGAAAUGUCUGCUGAUGGUAUCAUCACCAAACGCGACACAACAAUGACAUUCACCUGCUUCGUCCUUUUCGACAUGUUCAAUGCUCUUACCUGCCGCAGCGAAGGGAAAUCAUACCUUCGAGGCGAAAUCAAACUCACGAGUAAUAAAUUCUUCGUUGGGGCAGUCGGGGCAAGUGUGCUGGGGCAACUCGGUGUGGUUUACCUACCGUUUCUUCAGUGGAUUUUCCAGACAGAGGCGUUGGCAGCGAGGGAUUGGGUUUUGUUGAUUUGUGUUGCUAGCACAGUUCUCUGGGUUGAUGAGGCAAGGAAAUGGCAUGUAUGGAGGAAAGGAAGGAGAGGAUUUGCGGGGUACAGUUCAAGGGUUUAA